AUGUUUUCACCGGUCCAGGGUGUUGUGCUGGCUGCUAUCCUAUUUCUGAUUCCACUACAACUUUACUUCAGAUAUCGAAAGCUAAGCUCUAUUCCAGGCCCCUUUUUGGCCAGUUUCACAGACCUCUGGAGAGCAUAUGCUCAGAAUUACGGCGUCAUCGCCACGACACUGAUCAAGCUUCACGAGAAGCACGGUCCACUGGUGCGUAUUGGUCCCAACACGAUCCAUGUCAGUGACCCUGCUGCCGUCAGCACGAUUUACACAAACCAUGGGGAAUUCAAAAAGGCGGACUCGUACUCUCCUCUGCGGGUGCCCACCUCUCGUGGCAAGUCGAUCGGGAGCGUGAUCGAUAUGCAGGACGAAGAGGGCAACACCCUGUUGAAGAGAGGGGUUGGGAAUGCGUUCGCGACAAAGACCCUCCUCGACUACGAGCACAGUGUAGAUGAGACUGUCAACGAGCUCGCCCGGACUAUCAUCGAGGUUCCUGAAUUCGAUCUCUUUAAGACGAUGCAGUUCUUUCAGCUCGACAUGCUCACGCAGCUGGCGUUCAGCGAGAACCUGGGACACCUGCAGUACCGCCGGGACGUGUGGGGUAUGGUCGACCCGAGCCGCGACCGCGUCCUCCACUGGGUGCAGUGGCAGGCGUUCCCGACCCUGGAGUAUCUCCUGUUCCAACACCCGCUCUUCAACUGGAUCACCAAGCGAUCGUCCGCGUGGGCGCUCGAGGCGCUCGCGAAACUAGCCAAGCGUGAAUCGGCACCGCUGGAAAAGACGGAGGGACAAAAGGACCUGCUCCAGAAGUACGUCGACGCGUUCAAGAAGAACCCGGCCAUCACUCACGACAUCAUCGAGCUGAUGACGACGUCGACAAUCUCGGCGGGCUUUGACAGCACGACCGUGACGGUCACGACGAUCCUUUUCUUCCUCAUGAAGUACCCAGCUGCGCACGAAAGACUCAAGAAAGAGCUGGAGCAGGCUCAUCUUUCCACCCCCGUGCCGCAGUGGACCGAGGUGAACCGGCUCGAGUACCUGGACGCCGUCUUCAAGGAGGCCAUGCGCUGCAACCCGUUCGUAACGAUCCCCCUAGAGCGCGUGGUGCCGCGCGGCGGGGCUGUCAUCGCUGGCAAACACAUCCCCGCCGGAACCACGGUCGGCUGCGCCGCCAAGGUCAUCCACAGCAAUCGUGCACUCUACGGCGAGGACGUGGACGAGUUCCGGCCCGAACGCUGGCUGACGGACCCGGAGAAGAAGCUCGCCAUGGAACGAGCGUCGAUGGGCUUCGGGUCCGGAAAGCGUGUCUGCCUGGGGCGGCACAUUGCGGAGCUGGAGAUCAAGAAGCUGAUCCCUGCUCUGGUGCUGCGGUUUAAGAUGGACCUCACCAAGCCGGACGCGUCUUUGGAAUUCGCGGAUGGCCGAACCGCGUUUCCCAAGACCAUUAUGGUCAAAUUCGAAGAAAAGAAAUAA